CUGCGCCCCCACCGCUCUCCCGCCUCGCCCGCCGGCCUCCCCGCGCGUAGCCCCCAGCGGCGCGUCCCCGCGAGCCGGCCUCUGCGCGCCUCCUUCCCUCCGCUUCCUCUCCGGCUCGACGCGAGCCAGUCUCGGGAGGCGGGGAAGCAGCCGGAGCGCGGCCGCCACGGCAGCCACCCUGCAGCUGCCGGUCGGAAGCGCAGUCCCUAGGCCCCGGAGCCCGAGCCGUCCCUGGGGAGUCGGCGCCGCUCGCGGAGAGCUGCUUGGCUGGCCCCUGUCCGGCGCGGAGGGCGCGGAGCAGAACCUAUGAUGCCUGGAAAACUGAGGAGAGGAGCCCCUUGUCAGACAGAAGGAAGCGAUACCAUCACUGGAACAUACUGAAUUUUGAAUGUUUUGAAACAACAGGAACAAAGUGUGCCGUGCAGUGGGAUGACACAUUUUAAGGAAUGGCACUGCCCUUCCAGAAAAUGAACAGAGGAAAUUGCAAAAUAGAUAUCCCUGGUGAUCUUGGAAGAAUCCAUAUCAUGGAAUCGAUCUCUAUGAUGGGAAGCCCUAAGAGCCUUAGUGCCACUUUUUUGCCUAAUGGCAUAAAUGGUAUCAAAGAUGCGAGGAAGGUUACUGUAGGUGUAAUUGGAAGUGGGGAUUUUGCCAAAUCUCUGACCAUUCGACUUAUUAGAUGUGGCUAUCAUGUGGUCAUAGGAAGUAGAAAUCCUAAGUUUGCUUCUGAAUUUUUUCCUCAUGUGGUAGACGUCACUCAUCAUGAAGACGCGCUAACAAAAACAAAUAUCAUAUUUGUUGCUAUACAUAGAGAACAUUACACUUCCCUCUGGGACCUGAGACAUCUGCUUGUGGGUAAAAUCCUGAUCGAUGUGAGCAAUAACAUGAGGCUAAACCAAUACCCAGAAUCCAAUGCUGAAUAUCUAGCUUCCUUAUUCCCGGAUUCCCUGAUUGUCAAAGGAUUUAAUGUUAUCUCAGCUUGGGCGCUUCAGUUAGGACCUAAGGAUGCCAGCCGGCAGGUGUAUAUAUGCAGCAACAAUAUUCAAGCUCGACAACAGGUUAUUGAACUUGCUCGGCAGUUGAAUUUCAUUCCUGUUGAUUUAGGAUCAUUAUCAUCAGCCAGGGAGAUCGAAAAUUUACCCCUGCGACUGUUUACUCUCUGGAGAGGGCCAGUGGUGGUAGCCAUAAGCCUGGCCACGUUUUUCUUUCUUUAUUCUUUUGUCAGAGAUGUGAUACAUCCAUAUGCUAGAAACCAGCAGAGUGACUUUUACAAGAUUCCUAUUGAGAUUGUGAAUAAAACCUUGCCCAUAGUUGCCAUUACUUUGCUGUCCCUGGUGUACCUGGCAGGUCUCCUGGCAGCUGCUUAUCAACUUUAUUACGGCACCAAGUAUAGGAGAUUUCCUCCUUGGUUGGAGACUUGGUUACAGUGUAGAAAACAACUUGGAUUACUAAGUUUUUUCUUCGCUUCAGUUCAUGUUGCCUACAGCCUCUGCUUACCAAUGAGAAGGUCAGAGAGAUACUUGUUUCUCAACAUGGCUUAUCAGCAGGUUCAUGCCAAUAUUGAAAACUCUUGGAAUGAAGAAGAAGUCUGGAGAAUUGAAAUGUAUAUCUCAUUUGGCAUAAUGAGCCUUGGCUUACUUUCCCUCCUGGCAGUCACCUCCAUCCCUUCAGUGAGCAAUGCUUUAAACUGGAGGGAAUUCAGUUUUAUUCAGUCUACACUUGGCUAUGUCGCUCUGCUCAUAAGCACUUUCCAUGUUUUAACUUAUGGAUGGAAGCGAGCUUUUGAAGAAGAGUACUACCGAUUUUAUACACCUCCGAACUUUGUCCUUGCUCUUGUUUUGCCUUCGAUUGUAAUUCUGGGUAAGAGCAUUUUACUUCUUCCAUGUGUAAGCCGAAAGCUAAAGAAAAUUAAAAAAGGCUGGGAAAAGAGCCAAUUUCUAGAAGAAAGUAUUGGAGGAGCAGUUCCUCACCUCUCACCAGAGAGGGUUACAGUAAUGUGAUGAUAAAUGGUGCUCGCUGAUGCCAUAUGAAGUUCUUACUGAUGCCAUUAUUUGUAUAACUUCCUCUGUUCAGUUCCCAGUGCACUGUCAAAUUGCUGUGGGCUAAAACUAUUCAAUGUGCUCUCAGCCAAAUUAGUGGUAGAAUUUUCUUCAAAUUAAUUUUCGCAAAUGUCAUAUUGUUGAAAUUUAGGUAUGGUUUGUUUUGUUUUGCACAACUGUAACACUGUUGUUAUUUUAACAAACUGUAUUCCACAAUCCGGCAAAAAUAUUUAUAGUUAAUAAUAUAGAUACAGUAUAAUGUUAAAAAAAAAAACUUUGCAAACCAGCUGAAUUUUAAGUUUCAAUAUAAUUCAAUAGAUGUUUUUUCUGAAGCUUAAGUAAGGUUUUAAUUAUUAUCCAGCAUAAGAAAUAGAAAUGCAUAAUCAUACAUUAUUUUUAAGAAAGGAUGCAUUACAUUCGCAUCUAGGCAAGGGUGAUAGUAACACUCCUAUAUUUCUCUCAUAAGAUAGGAUUUGAAGAAUGUAAUUAAUUGUACAAACCAAUGUGAUUAUGUGAACAAACACAAACUAAAAAGACAAAUUGAACCUGAGAUUAUAUUUGAAAUGUACUGGAGACACGAAAUACGUACUGAUAAUCUGUACCUCAUGAAAGACUUUCUUCUUCAUCUUGUUACAGAGCAGUUCCAUCUGCAUAUUAAUAUAUUGUUAGGGAGAAGACAGUAACACUUGGCCUCCCAAACUAAUUUUUCUAAUAUAGCAUCAAUCCUGAGACUCAUAAUUUUUCUAGUUAGAGGGAAAGUGUUAAGUUUACACAAAGGUAGUUAUUUGUCAACUAACCUCUAAUGUUGCACCUUAGCCAGUCAUUAUCUAUGGUAUAGGAUUUUACAGAAGUUCAUCGAGGGAGUAUAACAUGCCAGGUACUGUUCUAAGCAAUUUACUUGCAUUAUCCCAUUUAAUACUUAAAACAACCCCAUGACAGAGGUAGUUAUAGCCUCAUUUUCAUGUGAGAAAACUGAAGGAUAGGAAGUUAAUUUGUUCAAGGUCAUCAAGUUACUAAGUAGCAGAGCCAGCAUUCAAGUUCAGGCAGUUAUAGUCCAGAGGCUCUGUUUUCAACCACUAGACAGUAUGGCCCCUGCUCCAGCCCCAUGCAUUAUAUUAAUGAUGCUAAUCUAGAUGCUUCCUCUUUCAUAUAAAAGCAUUAACAUUCUUUAGAGUAAGUUGUGGCUAUCAAAAGAUAUAUGAAAAUUUUACAGUCAUAUAUUUAUUAUUGCUUGUGGGCUAAUCUACAGUUACUUACUCUGGAGGAGGAUCUCACCUGGACAUGACCCUGGAGUCGCAUAGCCAUCCACAUGCCUUUCUGCAGUGAGGGACUCCCACAGAGAUAGGCCGAUAGCAGUUUUAAUGAAUGGCUGAGGUCCUACAGAAUCUUAAAAAGUCCCUGUAGAGUUGGUCAUCUCAGUUCUCUUCUUGAGAAGUCCUCCUGCCUUGUCAGCCAUUUGUUAAGGAGCAGUUUGAAAGCGUGAAAGAUAUUAGAGUCAGUGGUUAAUUGUAAAUGUACUCUAGAGACAUAUAAUCAUACAAAUUAUUCAUAAAAUUUUUCAGUGCUGACAUUCCACAUUAAAAUUGCAUUUUAUUCAAACUGGUUAGAAUGCCCUACGUUUUUUCCAUUUGUUCUUUCCUUAUUAAAAUAAAAAAUUGCUAAUAAGAUACAA